AAUCCCCAGCAUGCCCCGCGGUCCAGUCUCGCGAGAUGGGUGGUGGGGCCGCCAUCUUAUCGGCGGACGGUGAGUGCUCGAAGGGAGAUGCGGUGGUGGCUGCGGGUCUGAGGAGAAAAUUGGUUGCCAGAAGGUGUUGGGAAAUGUUAAAUGUCGAAUUUUAAUACUCCAGUUCCUUUAUUGCAAUUAUGAACCCAGAGAUUUGGGACAGUGAUGAUGGUUCUACAUCUGAUUCAAGUGAUUUACCUGAUUUAGUUUCCUCUGACGAGGAAUCAAGACUAUGGUUUCCUCCAUUUAAACCACCAAAAUUAAGCCUUGAAGUUCUGAUCCCUAACCAAUGGAGUUACCUGAGGACAUCAGUUUUGAAGAGAUAUUGCCACAUUGUAAAAGUCCAGCUCCUGAGCCCUAUUCUUUUUGGUCGGCCUUACACAGAUGAACUGUACAGGAACUGGGCUGUUGAAGCAAAGCUCAUCCAACCUGAGGAUUGUGGUGAACUUCAAGACUUUGAUCUCAAAACACUGAAGAUCAUAGAACUUUUGGAAUCUGCACAUAGAGCCCUGCUUGUAUAUGCUUUGAAGCGACCACUGCUGAUCCAGUUUGUUCGUGUUGUUAAUGAAAACCUUGUUCAGUGUUCCACUUUGGAAGAGGCAAUAAAGGUUGUAAAGCAGCAGAAGAUUUUUCGGGACGCCUGGGAAAUAACAGUUGGAAAUAAAAUGCAAGUGGCUACAAUCCUCGCACUUACCGGCCUUCAUUAUUUUAAUUUGAUAAAGCAGUAUUCUAUUGAUCAGAAUCUGUUUGAGCAAUUUGAAGAUCAGUGCGUUCAGGAAAAGCAGCAAGCAAAAAUAUUUCAUGAACUUUGGGAAGCAGAUUUGAAAAAACAACAUUAUGAAUUAGCGGUGAAGUCUUUAAAUGAAGCAAUAAGAGUUUGUGCAUUCAAUCACUUGUUGUAUGAGAAAAGAUCAUAUUGCUAUUUGCAAUUAUGUCAAUACAAAAAAGCAUGGAGUGAUGCAAAGCGGUGCAUUGUCCUGAAACCUCAUUCCAUUGAGGGCCAUUAUCUGUUUGCCGGAGCGCAGUGUGGAAAAGGAUGGUAUACGCGCGCUUUGAAGGCUAAUUCGUUGGGUAUUCGAGACUGUCAGAGGAAAGGACUGAACAUAAAAGGUUUGACAGAACAGCGAGAACUGAUUCAAACUGAACAAUUACUUUCAUCGAAAGAGAAACAAAUUGGGAAAACGGAGAGUGACAGUUUGAAAGAAAGCACUGAUACUGAGAGUUCCACACCUGAAGAGGAUGAUGAGGAUGGAGAGGAUGAAUCUAGAGAAGAUGAUGUGAUCCCUUCAGUUGGUGGUAUGGAUGCAUGGCUGGAAAAUACUAAAGAUAAUGAUCGGGCUGAACAGGAGCAAAAUGAGCAUCCUCUGCCUUUUGAUAUUCCUUUCCUAUCAAUGAACUUCAGUGGUAGCAGCUCUGAUUCUGGAAAUGAUAACUUUGACAGAUUGAACCAAGGUCAUGGAUCAAAGAUGUUAUCUAGCGGAUGUACUUCUGAUUCCGAGUCAAACUCCAGUUUGAAAGAAGACCAAGGAGAUUUUGCAAUUCCAUGUAAUUCUGUGGAAUCUGACAACCAAGAAAAAUGUAUACUUGCAGUUGGUACAAAAACUCCAUCGUUCCUGGGUAUAGACAUUGGAAAAGAUGCUUCUACACCUUCUACUGAUACUGCAACAACUGCAUCAUCAUCUCCUAUUGAUCCUAGAAAGGACAUGAACUCCUCUGUAUCUUCUGCAGCACAGCCAUCACCUGGUGAAAGUCGGGUAAUGCUCAAGGAAGUGGAACAAGUAAGUAGUGAGAGCAAGCAGCAUGUAGCUUACAACACAACCACAGAACAGCACGAAGAACCAACACUGGUAAUGAGUUCAAAGGUGGAAGAAAGGUUGCUGAAAUGCAAAUUGAAAGAAGCUUCUGAGGCCCUGAUGGCAUCUAAUUUUAGAAAUGCUCAGGAAAACUAUCUGCAUGCCCUUAAAUUAAUAAAAGAAAAGAAAGUGUACAACUUGACUACCAUGGAGUACAUACUCAUUGAGUACGCCUGUGGCUUGGCCUUUCUGGGAAAUAAUUUAAUUCAGGAUGUUUUAGAGGCUGAACGGCAUUUUAAGAAAAUUUUUGAUGAGUUCAGUGAUGAAGAUUCCAGCCACUUCACCUGCCUCUCAUAUUAUGGUCUAAGCCGUGUCCACAUCCGAUGGAACAGAUAUAAAGAAGCAAGAUCAUCUGUGGAGGAGUCUCUGAAGCUGGUUGAGAGUGGUUUAGUCCCAGGGCUUCAGACGUGGCCAGGCACAGAUACUGUCAUUGAAGAAACCAGGGAUGGUGUAUUGAAAGACCUGUUGAACUCGCUUCUUAAAGAGUGUUUGUGUCCACCGAGACCUGAUGCUGUUUGCCUUUAUCGAUCCUGUAGCACCCACAACAACAAAUGUGACAUUUAUAGGUCCGAUCCUGAUUUCAAGGGCUUUGUCCGAGUUCAUUGCAGCUAUGAUUGCCGUAUCGAGUACCAUUUAUUCUGCUGGAAACGCUGCAAAAUUAAAGAGUUCCAAGAUAAAAUUGAAAAAGAUAUUCUGGGUUUGGACUGCCUUACACCUGACUGUAUGGGAUGUAUCUGGAAGGUCGACAUUUUUCAGGAUUCACGGCAAAAGACGAUUGAAGGUUCCAAAUCAAAAGAGAAUAAAAGUGGCAGGAAUACAGCAAACAAACAGACUGGUAACUUAUUAAACUUGAAGAAGACUGCCAGAAAAAAAGAAAAGAAGCAUCAAAAUCCAGGCAAACCGUCAUCAAACAUCCACCUGGAACAAACUGAUGCCCCAAACAAAAAGCCUGAUCAGAGUGAAUUGAAGGAUGAAACACUUGGAGCCAGAAAGAAGGAAGUCAAAAACAAGAAAAAUAUAGGUCCUCCAAAUGAGUGCAUAAAAAAUGAUAAAAGCGGGUAUUUGGAGGAGGCACCAGCGAAAGUGCAUGAAAACAGUUACCUGGAUGCUAAGAUGACAGAAUAUUGUCAAUGGCUAACAAAAGAGGAAAAGAUUGAAGACUUGGAUGCCAACAUAUAUGUCGAUGAUGUUCUUCAGGAUAAACUCUCCUCAAUUAAUAACGUAAAGACUUGUGAUGCAGCAGUACUUACUGAUCCAAUAAAACCCUUUGAAAGCAAAGAGAGAACCUUCAUGAUACUAUACCAUGAAACGGCUCAACUUUUGAAGAGCUUUGAGAAAUCACAACAUUCGUAUGAUCAACUUUGUUCUGGUACUCAGGACGAAAUCAAAACGUUCAAAGAAAAGCACGAGCAGCUUUUGUUCAACGAGAAGAAACUGAGGGAUGAGCUUUCAACAGUAAAGACACAGCUAGCCUCUGCAAAAGAGAAACUACAUGACAAGAGAGAAAUUCAAUCGCAAGAACUUGUUGUGCUACAAGAAGAACUUAAACCAUUGAAGAAUAAUUUAGAAAGAAAUAAGAAAAUUCUACCUGAAAUUGAUGUCGAAAUUCAGAAAAUAAGAGGAAGAAGAGAAAAACAGGCCAGUGACAAGAAAAAAUUGCAGAAAUUGUGUGACAAAGCAAAAGAAAAUGGCAAAGAGUCAGCAAACAGACUCUUAUCUGUUGAGACUAAGAUUCUGGAAUGGAAGAAACACACAAAGUUGUAUUUUCUCAAUCGCCUGCAUCAGGAGGCUGUUGAAAAUGUGAAGUUCUAUACAGCACAGAAAGCUCAGAGGGCACAUUCUCCAGACGUUGUCACUAGCUGUGACAUGUGGGAAAAAAGAUUGAAAGGAAUUCAAGGACAAAUUACUCUAAUCGAAGCUGCCUCUUGGACCCAGGAGACAGGAGGAGAUAGUGACAGUGUACCUUACAUGGACUCCCGUACAUUGAUGCCACCUCCAUUCCGAUCUGUGAACAAACAGCAGGGACUGUCAUCACUUCCCACAAGGGCUGAAAUGGCAAAUAAAAUUGGAUUUGCUGGAAAAUCUGCCUCUGCUGAGGCUGGUUGGUAUUCACCAGGAUCCAGAACUCGUGGCGUUGAGGCAGAAAUGUCACCAAGGACAGGAAAAGAUGCCUACAUGCCAACUGCUUGGCCACCCAGUUACUUCAAACCUCAAGCAGCACAGCCUGUUCCACCCAGUGGUUGCAGCCGGCUUGAUCUUGAUCUGGAAUUUGGGAUGAAGCCGCUUCCUGACAGAACUCCCCAGCUGACGACCAGUGGUUUGGAAAUGCCAAAUCCCUCAAUGGAAGCAAAACCUGUAAAAAUCCCAGAUACAUCCCUCUCUGGGUUACAUACGUCACGGGUUCAUGGGAAUCCACAUAACAACGUUUUUGAGACUUAUGGUACACAAAUUAAAUCCUUCAACAAACACUUUAACCAUUUGCAGUCUGCACAGCCAGUUAUAUAUGCCAAUAACGAUUUCCAGGCAUUUGGUGGUGUAUCCGGUGCCAGCAGUUCACAGUCCGAUGAGCCUCGGUCAUCCUAUCAUGCUGUAAUGGAGCAACUGUUCUUCAAGUUUCCUACAAUAAACAUAGCCAGAUUGCACUUAUUCAUUAAUAAAGUGAAGGAGGAAAAUGGUGGCACACUCUCAGGUUUAUCUGUGGAGGAGCUGGUGGGACGAGUCUCUUAUUAUAUUCACCAGGGCACCCAUCCAGAAAUAGCAUAUGCAUCUCGAAUCGAUCCAUUAUCAUUUGCGCCCAUGAGCCACGAAAAUCCUUUCUUCCCCAGUCACCACGCUCCGCAUUCUGACCAGUCACGAACAUUACCAGAUGGGUUCAGCGGCCUUGCUCCAGCGGAUGCAUCUGCUGCAGGGUUUGGGUUACCUCUUGGAGAUUUACUGGAAUUGGAAGGCUGUUUUGAUGAAAUGUAAAACCACAGAAACAAAUUCACAAUCUAGGUGUAUUAUUGUAAGUUUAUGUGUAUGUAGUUGGGUAGCAUGUGAUGUUAAUUGCUCAAAUUAUCAGUGCGACAAAGCAAAAACAGCAGACUUUUUCCGCGUGCACACAGAUAAUGUUGUAAAUUAAGUGAAAGUAGAGUGUUGAUUCGAUCUCAAACAUGGUCCUAAUUGAACCGUUCCUUUCUGUAAAGCCUGUUCUGUGAACCGUUCGUACAGAAGUCGCAUCCUUGGUUCCACCAAACCUUGAUUUGAUAUUGAUUUAUUAUUGUCACAUGUGCUAAUAAGUAAGUUACAGUAAACAACGGGUUCUUACCCAAUGUUUCAAAAACGGUAAAAAAUCUAGAACUACUUUUAAAUGUGUGAGAUAAUGAUCAUUGGGCAAUGUAGAAACAAGGAUCUGCUGAUGCUGUUUUAUAUUAAAGACAAAAUGCUGGAGUAACAGGGUUAGGCCACGUCACUGGGAAACACCGGGCAAGCUGGCCCUCAUAGAAUGUGAAAGAAUCAUUUUACAGAUUACAGCCAAACACAUGAUAAGAUAGUGAUGAUGUU